AUGUUUUCUUAUUUCAUUUUCCUUACUUCAGAAACAACAUUUGCGUCACCAGGUUAUUACGCAUUGAAUUUCAAAAAGGGCGAAUCAUUUAAUGUCGAUACUUUAGAUAAAAAUGCUGUUUUUUACUUAGAUCAAAUUUCGAAAUUUGACAUUGUACAAGGAAAGGAUACUUUACAGCCCCCAACAAAUCAAUCAAUUUGGAUAAUUAGCCAAGACCAUUAUGUUGUUAAAGUUAAGAGCUUAGUAACGAUUAAAUUCUGGAUUAUUAGUCAAAAAUUCUGCAAGAAUAAUAACUACUUUAUUCAGACAAGCAAUUCACUCGGAACACAGUUGAAUCUUACCGAACCUAACACAUCAUAUUGCUUCUUCUUCCAAAAUAAUUUUAAUGAAGCUAAAGCAGAUACUCUUUUGCUCUCAAGUAACAACUUAACAAAAUCAGAAUAUCACGAAUCAUUAUUACCAGAUGAGCCAAAGAUAACUUGCCCCUUCGCAAAGAAAUGUUUAUUCACAACUAACGUUCCCUUCUUUUUCAGAGUCGAAAAUCUUAACAAAUCGCAGUUAUCAUUGAAAUUCGCUGCUACAAACGUGCUUUCAAACACUACAACCUGCUCAGUCGAAGAUUUACUAAAUAACUCUACAAUUCCAUGCAAAUGCAAUAUAAUGUUUGAUGAUAUUUCAGUUAUUGGAUAUAUAUUACUCGGAUCCUUCUUUGCACUACUUUUUAUUUAUGUUAUCGCAUUUCUCCUCAAACCAACAUUAUGUCCGACUCAGACCAAGAUCGAUUUCUCACAAUUAAAGAACAAACCGUUCGCUGGAGAAAUUACUCGCGAUACAAAACCUGUUCCACCACAAGAAAACGAAGAAGUUUAA